AUGCUCGCUCGCUCUAGAACGCUUAGACGGCAGGUUCUGGCUGCCAAUCAUCCCCAUGAGACCCCCGCCCCCACCUUGACGCUAUGGGCCCGCUUCUGGUCUAUUCCUUUAACCUCAGUCACCCGCAACUUGUGGUACCGAAUCCUGUAUUCGAAGUUACCUAGUCGCACGUUCCUUCACCGACUACUUCCGACCGUUCACCUCACGGACCAGUGCCCUCUCUGCACUAUUUCGACUGACACUCCCGUUCACUUCCUAUACCAAUGCCCCCUUAAACGAGUGGUGCGGGAGAGUGUAUGGCCCGAUCUACUGCUCCUCCCAGUCAACGAAACGCAGAUCCUUAAGGCACUCUAUCAGCUCGAUUUCCCUCGCGAUCCUCCCAACUGUAAGAGUGUUGUAAUCAUUGAAGCCAUCCUUCACGGGAUUUGGUCGGCCCACUGGGCCUUUAUCUUCCAUUACACUGUAUUCAAUCCUGAAGAGGUAAUCAACCGCAUCCACAAGUUGAUCUCACGACGAAUCGCUGAAUCACAGCUACCUGCCCUCUUAAAUUAA